AUGCUUGAACUACAACUCUCAGCUUCUGGCAAACGUCAACGCUCAGAGCGGCCUCAACCGAACGAAAUAUCGCAACCAGCGCUGAAAAAGCGGAGGGUCCGCUAUCCCAGCGGAUCCCAACCACCACCGGCAUUUUGGAAUAACUUAUCAAAGAUCUGGUUGACGAGACAAGCGUUGAGAGAGCUAGACCGAAGAAACCCUCAAGUUGCUCCAACCCCGCCCUGUUCAUUGUAUCAACAAGUCCGCCGGCCGGUCACUCGAAACUUCCUCGCUGAGUUAAAGAGGAAUCGCCAAACUGAGUCAAAGAGAAAUCGCCAAACUGCCAAAGACACGGCCCAUGAUCUCCGUUCUUGCAAUCCAAGGACCCUAAAAGACAUAAAGCAGUUUUCUAGACACGGUGGCCCAGACCUCUCAAACCUGAGGAAUUACCCUGAACCUCUCCGUUCUUCCAAUUGCACCAUGACCCCGAGCCAGUCAAGUCCUGGGAGCCAACAACAGGGCCAACAACGGGGCCGACAACGGGGCCGACAGCAGGGCCGACAACAGGGCCAACAACAGGGUUCAGAGAAUCCCCUGAGCACUAAGCCCACCCCGAAUGCUAUGAAAACAAAGAAGACCGGGCCUUAUGACCGCAACUUUCUUCAGCACCUUACUGAAAACGGUAUUUAUUGUGAUGGAUACGAAUACCCUGAUGGCAGUGUACCUGCUAAGCCUAACAACUGGGAGGAUCUCAAACAAGUAUUAGCGCAACGUCGACCGUCUCUUUCGCCAUCUCGAUUUUCUGAUGGAAAGUUCGAAGGUUUUAGACGAGCAAAUAAGCGCGCCCACAAAGAGAAACAAGUGGCAGAACUGGUGAUUCCUAUUAUUGAAGGCACGAUUGAUGAUAGAUGCCGCGUAGGAGGAAUCCCGUUCAACAACCUCGAUCAUCUAACGGACGGCUCGCUUAGACCUGGGAACCCAGACGUCUAUUACGGUGCGCCACCAGAACAGCUUACUCGAAAAGUCCUUAACGAGCUUGGCGGCCAUAUCCUUCCUACAAAGCAGGAGGACCUUCCUAUUGCGCCAAACUUUUUCCUGGCAACCAAGGGGCCGGAUGGAUCGUUGGCGGUGGCUGGACGACAGGCUUGUUACGACGGUGCAUUGGGAGCAAGAGGUAUGCACAGUCUUCAGUCAUACGGGAAGGAUGAGCCUGUUUUUGACAACAAUGCUUACACCAUUACAUCGACUUAUCAUGGCGGCACUCUCGGGAUGUACACCAGCCAUCCUGCGCAGGCAAGUAAACCCGGGGCCCGUCAAGAGUAUAUUAUGCAUCAACUUAAGGGGUGGUCUAUGACCGGCGAUCCAGAAGCCUUCCGGCAGGGAGCUACUGCAUACAGAAAUGCGAGAGACUGGACAAAAGUGCAGAGGGACGAAGCUAUUCGACAGGCGAACGAGAGAGCCAACUCUGUUGCAGCUGAAACACCAGCACUAGCAGGUGAUUCAGCGGGUGAUGCAUCAGGUGAUCCAGGGGGUGAUGCAUCAGGGUCGCUGAAUGAAGAGGGCAUCGAGGAAUCUGAUAGUUUAACAGAGGAGCUUGCGGAUUACAGACCACCGGCUAAACGUUCCAGGACGCGUUCUGAGCCCUCACAGACUGAGAGACCACCGGCUAAACGUUCCAGCAGGCGUUCUAAGCCCUCACAGACUGAGCGAAAGCAACGCAACGCCGGUGAAUCUACCGACGGCUCACACAGCCACGGAUCCGCCGUUAUUCCCGUUUCGCAAAGCUCCCGGGCAGUUGCAACGACUCAGCAGCGCGAAGAGUAG